UGGUGUUGUACGGUCGAAACUUCUACACGUUCACACAGCGCCUACCUCUGAGUCUCACUGCAGACGAUACAAGCUCGAAACUGGAGGUAACCAUGGCUACGGGUGGCAAGGUACCCUGGGGCAGAGAGUACUUGAACGAGUUUUUCAUCACUUUGGACGCAGACAUCAAUAAUGAGGAAGGAGAGGGUUCUAUGAAAACCAUGGAAUUCUUCCACGAUGUGUUCGGUGGCGGGUCCUAUAGUGGUCGUCUGAUAGACAUCGGAUCUGGUUCUACAUUUUACCAGGUUAUCAGCGCAAGCAAGUUCUUCUCGGAGAUCGUGUGUUCCGAUUACGACAAGGAUGCGAGGACUGAGCUCGAGAAGUGGCUUAAGAAGGAUAAAAACGCCUUUGAUUGGACAUCUUACUUCCAAUACUACCUAGACCUAGAAGGAAGCAGUGAAAAGAUUGAGGACCGUGAACAGAAGCUCCGCCAAGCGGUCAAGGCGGUAGUGCACUGCGACGUGCAUCAACCCAACCCUACUUACCCUCUGACCUUUGAACCAUUUGAUGUGGUGACCUCAGCUUUUUGUGUAGAGGCUGCCAGCCCAGAUAGAGCAGCAUAUGCUAAAGCGGUGGCAAACAUAUCGACUCUUUCGAAACCAGGAGGGACCAUUGUCUUUGCGACUUACAUUGGGGCAACCUUCUGCAAUAUCGGAGGUGUAAAAGCGAAGCUUCUUCCUAUUGAAGUGGAAUUCGUGGUGCAGACCUUCAAAGACGCAGGUUUCUCCGACUUCAAUACUUUCUUCUACCCAUCUCCGGAGAGGGAAGAGUCAAAGAUAACCGACGUUAAGGGGAUCCUACUGUUCACUGCCAAGAAAAGUGGCUGAAAACUGUGAAGCUUUUGACAAGGCCGAGAAGGGGAAAUAUCUAAGAGGUAGCUGUAAGAAAAAUAGUGAUGUUCAACAGUAUAUUAAUACAAAUAUGCACACGUAUUAUAUAUUGUCCGUAUUCUAUUAUAUCAUGUGAAGCUUUUGUGAUAAGGCUAGAACAUGUAUUACCUGAUAGGUAGAUGUUAGAAAAAUAGUGAUGUUCAACAGUAUAUUAUAUAAUUCUACGUAUUCUAUCUUAAGCAUCAGUUACACUCACUACAUGUAUAACUUAUACGGAAAUUCCCCGAUUGGCUUGUUACAGCUUGUUUACAGAAGUUAGGUAUUAUUUCUUCACACUCUCUCAUUAGUUUUAUGUUAUGUUAUGUUAUGAUUGGCAACGAAUUUGAUUUUAUUGAAUUAAUUGAACACACUGUUGAAGUAUAAGAUACUAGACAACAUUUCAGAUAUAGAACAAUAAACAUAGAGGCAUCCUACUUAACAAGCCAGCGAUAAUGACAGUGGUUCACGAUUUCCUAUAUACUUAUGCAUGUUUAGGGUUUUUCACAAAUACUCCUGCAUUGGGAAUGGUGUAGUAAAUAAAAAAAAAUAAUGUAAUAGAGAAUAAACGGAGUUACAUCCAAAACAAUGA